UCCAGCAUUCCAUCAUUAUUACAGGAAAAGAACAAAAAAAAAAGGGUGCUGCGCUGGCGGAUCUUGUGGAAUUUGGCGUCCAGUCGCCUUAUAUCUUUCCUUGUGUUUCCCUUUGUACAUUUUGUUUUGUGCUACCAGUAAGUUUGUAAGAGAUGUCUUCUUCACUUGCAAUUUCCUCAAGCUCCCUUAGGCUCACCCAUGUCUUCCCAACUAAUGGAAAUGCAAUCCUAUUUAACGCCAUAUCCAGUUGCAGAAUCUCCUCUUUGAAGUCACCGUCUUUGAACAGUAUCUUCAUUAGAAUCCCAUACGGGUCCUUCAAGAAGGCCUCUUUUUUCACUUCCUCCAGGCCCUUUUCUCCUGUCAUGGAAUGGCAGGAUUGCACGGCAAAGAUGGAAAUUGAUGUACCUGCAUCGGUCGCUUACAAAUGUUACUCUGAUCGUGAAGCAAUUCCCAAUUGGAUGCCAUUCAUUUCAUCUGUCCAGGUAUUGGAAGACAAGCCUGAUUUGUCACGGUGGUCGUUGAAAUAUAAGGCAUUUGGUCGUGAUAUUGAAUACUCCUGGCUUGCUAGAAAUAUGCAACCCAUCCCAAAUCAGAAAAUUCACUGGAGAUCUCUGGAAGGUCUUCCUAACAGGGGUGCUGUUCGAUUUUAUCCAAAAGGGCCUUCAUCAUGUCUAAUAGAACUGACAGUUUCAUAUGAAGUUCCUCAACUUUUGGCUCCGGUGGCAUCUGCACUUCAACCUUUCCUUGAAAGUUUACUUAAAAGUGGUUUGGAUCGGUUUGCAAAAUUUGCUAAAAGCUCAGGCUCAACACGAUAAUCAUCUCUCUUAUUUUCUUCUUUUAAGGUACAUUGAAAGGUUUGGGUUCAAAACCUAUCAAAACAUUUUAUUUGUAUUCUUAAAUUUUAAUCUAACAUUAUUGAGAGCUAUAGAUAGGAAUUUCAACAAUUUGGAGCUGCAUAUGAAAGAGAGAUGGUUUUAUAUGUGGCAGCUAAAGUCAUAAAUGCUUAUGAAUGGCAAGAAUCUUAAUUGUUUGUAUGUAUUCAUAGGAACAGAAGUGAUUUAUGUUAAUCUUAUGGUGUCUUUUGGUUGACUUUAGGUGAUGUUUUGACAAAUUGUUUUGAUUUUGCAUAUCACUUAUGUUCUGUGCUGUGCUAACUUCUUGAUUUUAUUAAUUAAUAAAAUCAUUUUUUUCUUAAUAA